UUUAUUUAUUUAUUUAUUGUUUGUUUGUUCAAGGGACACUACAGAAUUAAUUUUCCAUGGAUAGACAGAAUUAAAAUUCAGAAAAAGGCGGAUUGUCAUCUCAGGUUGCCGGCGGCGGCCGGUGACGUCAAACAUCACCCAUUCGAGGCCUGACGUCACCGCUGACCGCACUAAUGAUUGGCGGAUCCUAGAGAGCGCGUCUUUGUGUAGAAGGACCCCACUUCCGCAACAUUUCAGAUUUAGGUUUUUUGUUCUAAUCCAUCGCUGUAUAACAUGCCAUUUCUUAAAUAGUUGCACAAACUGCGUCGUUUCUCCAAAAUACGCGAAAGACAAUAAAUGCAUACAUUUACCCUCAACAUAAAUCCAGCAUUUCCUUGUACUCAUAAUUCCCAACGCAGUCUGGAUUUAUUGAGCGUUCACCUUGGUUUAAAUUACGGAUUCACGUUGAUUUUCUCAAUGCAUGAUAAAUAUAGCCCACGAGCGUAGUCGUGAUGUCAGUGGAUUUUAGGUGCCCCCUCAGGAUGCCUGAGUAGUUGCGCUCACCGCCAAUGAGCGUCUCCAGUGUGAAUGUCCUUCAUUUCUCUGUCUGAUUAGAGAACUUGCCAUCACGGAUCCGAAUCUGGAUUUAAAUAGGAAAGACAAGCACCUCUCCGGUUCGCCGCUGCCCCUCAACCGCGUGACACUCUGGAGCAUCUGAACCAACUUUAACUGAGCGCGACAUGGAGUGCCGAGUUCUGUCGAUUCAGAGUCACGUCGUGAGAGGAUACGUGGGAAAUAAAUCCGCAUCCUUUCCGUUACAGGUCUUGGGGUUUGAGGUGGACUCGAUCAACUCUGUUCAGUUCUCCAACCACACAGGAUACUCUCACUGGAAGGGACAGGUCUUGACUGCAGAUGAGCUUCAUGUCCUGUAUGAAGGGAUCAAACUCAACAACGUCAACCACUACGACUAUGUACUUACAGGUUACAAUAGAGACACAUCGUUUCUGGAGAUGGUGGUCGACAUUGUUCAAGAGCUGAAGAGAGCCAAUCCUAACCUUGUAUACGUUUGUGACCCUGUCUUGGGUGACCAUGGUUCAAUGUAUGUUCCUCAGAAUCUCCAUCCGGUGUACAAGAAUAAAGUGGUGCCUGUGGCCGAUAUCAUCACGCCCAACCAGUUUGAGGCCGAGUUGUUGACAGGGAAGAAUAUCAGCACGGAGAAAGAUGCUGUUGAGGUGAUGGACCUGCUGCAUAAGAUGGGUCCAGACACCGUGGUCAUCACCAGCUCUGAUCUGCCCGCUCGUCUCGGAGACAGAUUCCUGGUGUCUUUUGGCAGUCAGCGUAUUUUGAUGCCUGACGGUACAAGGACGACCCAGCGGAUCCGAAUAGAGGUGCCGAAGGUGGAUGCGGUGUUUGUGGGGACCGGGGAUCUGUUUGCUGCUAUGCUGUUGGCCUGGACUCACCAUUACCCAACAGACCUGAAGACGGCUUGUGAGAAGACCUUCUCUGUUAUGCACCAUGUCAUUCGGAGGACUAUAUCUUAUGCCCAUGAGAUUGCAGGUCCUGGUAGAAGACCCAGCCCGGCCCAGCUGGAGUUACGGAUGGUCCAGAGUAAAGCUGACAUAGAGGAUCCAGCCGUAGUCAUGGAGGCCACUGUUAUAUAGAGCCGCCACAUCUCAUCCACACAUUUCACACAACAGUUCCAUUUCAAGAGAUUCAGCAGGGUACAGCCAAACAACUGCUCAAGAACUCCGGUUCGUCCUGCACAUAAAGCCCCAGUCACUGACGUUUCCAGACCAGGUCAGUUAUGGAACUAAACUGCCAUUGAUCUAGUGAGGACCAAAAUGUAAGAACAAACAAAAAAAUGAAAUUAAUAUAAGUGUGAUGCUCUGUGAUUUUGAGUCAGAGCAGUUCAGCAACAAACACAGAAAACAAAACCUAGAUGGCUGAGUCUUACAAAAACUGUCAAGAAUGCCAGAGUCAUAUUUCUUCCUGAAUCAAAUGAUCAAAUUAAGAUUUUUAUUGCAUAAAGGAAAAAUAAGGAUAUUAUUAGCACCAUUAAGAUUUUGUGUAUUAGGGUAUUUUUUUUUAUUACUGUAUUCUUUUCCCCAGUUCUGCAAUUGCUCACUGCAAUGGGAAAAUUAUCAACUUUAUAUAAUUUUUUUUUAUUGUAUAUACGUCUAGAAAAGUAUAUUUAAUUUUAAUUAUAUAUUAGUGCUGUCAGAUCGAUU